GCGCCGAAAGACAAUAUCUACGAGAGACCAUACACCUUGGCCCGGUUCCCAAAACACUUGGAUACAAUGCCCGCGAUACCACAGAUAGAAUAUGCCAUCUCUCACGCACCCAUGACCUUGCCUAUCAGGAAGCACAAGUUCGACACACCCAAGCUAAGGCUUCAACUGAACGACUUGGCACACGAUGGCAGCUCGAUCUUUCUGUCCAACUUCAAAGGCAACGAAGACUUCGAAGAACAAGUGCAAACCGUACUCAACCUGCUUUACACCAAAGACUGCAAAAGCCCGGGCACGAGGUCUGUCACGCUCGUCAUCAGAGACAUGGAUGGUGUUGCGUACACAACUGGCAUGGACCUCGACAACGACCACAAAGAGAUUCACUUCAACUUGAGUUACAUCAAUCGACCUCGCGGAGAGAAUCAGAGACGUGAACUACUGGGUGUGAUCUGUCACGAACUUGUUCACUGCUUCCAGUGGGAUGCAGAAGGCACGUGCGAUGGCGGCCUGAUCGAGGGCAUUGCUGACUGGGUGCGUCUGAGGGCUGGUCUUGCGGCGAAGCAUUGGAAACGAGAAGCCGGUGGCGACUGGAACGGUGGAUACGAGCAUACGGGCUAUUUCCUCGAAUAUCUGGAAACUCGUUUCGGACCAGGCACAGUGCGGAGAAUCAACGGUUGUCUUCGCAAAGGCCAAUAUGACGAAGACAGCUUGUUCAAGGAAUGCUGCCAGAACCAUUGCGUUGCAGACCUCUGGAAGGACUACGCCAAGCAUCUCAAGAAGGAAGAAGAAAGAGAGGAAGCUACUUCGGAUGCACAGAAUGUAAAUCAGAAGUCAAAGGAAGACAUCAAGAGCUGCGCCUAGCUUUGCCUACAUGUACUCAACGCUUGGGUGACCUGUUAUAUGAUUCCCUCUCAAAGUCUUAUACAUAGAAGAGACUCGCGACUCCAUUUUACUGCAAUGCAACUUCAGCUUACACGCCG